AUGAAAGACACAAAUCAGACACAGGUGACAGAAUUCCUUCUUCUGGGACUCUCUGAUGACCCCCAUACUCAACAUCUGCUAUUCAUCUUAUUCUUGGGUGUCUACCUGGUCACUGUGCUUGGAAAUCUGCUUCUCAUGUCCCUUGUUCAGAUUGACUCCCGGCUUCACACACCCAUGUAUUUUUUUCUCUGCAACUUAUCUCUGGCUGAUCUCUGUUUCUCUACCAACAUUGUCCCUCAGGCCCUAGUCCACCUGCUCUCCAGGAUGAAAGCCAUUUCGUUCAUACGCUGUGCAGCUCAGCUUCUGCUCUUCCUCAUUUUUGGGUGCACCCAGUGUGCCCUUCUGGCAGUGAUGUCCUAUGAUCGGUAUGUGGCUAUCUGCAACCCUUUGCACUACUCCAGCGUCAUGACUUGGCGGGUGUGUGUUCAGCUGGCUGCAGGAUCAUGGACCAGCGGCAUCCUGGUGUCUGUGGUGGACACCAGCUUUACACUAAGGCUGCCCUAUCGAGGUAGCAACAGUAUUUCUCAUUUCUUCUGUGAGGCGCCUGCACUGUUGGUCGUUGCAUCCACAGACACUCACACUUCAGAGAUGGCUAUUUUCCUUAUGGGGGUUGUAAUUCUCCUCAUCCCCGUGUCUCUAAUUCUGGUAUCCUAUGGUCACAUCAUAGUGACUGUGGUCAGGAUGAAGUCAGCUGCGGGAAGACUCAAGGCAUUCUCUACCUGUGGCUCCCACCUCAUGGUGGUGGUUCUUUUUUAUGGAUCAGCAAUUGUCACUUAUAUGACACCAAAAUCUUCCAAAGAACAAGAAAAACUGGUAUCUGUGUUCUAUGCAAUGGUGACUCCCAUGCUUAACCCCCUCAUCUAUAGUCUGAGGAACAAGGAUGUGAAGGGGGCUCUGAGGAAAGUAGCUACAAAGAACCUUCCAUGCAGACUGUGA